CCGGAGGGCGGAGUCCGCGCUGGCGCCCGCCGAGGGGGGGCGGCGCUGUGGCCCGGGAGUCCGGCGCUCCCUCAGGCCGCGGACGCGAUGCUGGAGGCUGCGGGCCGGGCGGCGGGGUCGGCGGGGAUGUGACGCGCCGCCGUCGUCCCUCGCCUCGCCUUGCCGUCCUGGGACCUGCAGGUGGCAGGGUCAGCCGCCGCCGGGCCGUGACCGAGGAGGAGGCGGCAAGUGGACCUCCCCGCGCGUUUGGUGGCAGCAGUGAUAUCUGAAGGGACCAUCUAGUCAUAAUUGUGAACGGGGAGGAAUACAGACAUUGGAGCAGACAAUCUGGCUGAGUUCUCUUUCUUUCUUCCCUAGACCUGAGGAAGACCUUAGAUUCUGCCAGAAUUUAAGAACAAAUGCACCUAUAGCUCAUGGAAGAAAAAACACAAAUCAAGACAUUUUUGGGUUCCAAGUUGCCAAAGUAUGGAGCAAAAUCUGUAAGAAGUACUCUGCAGCCAAUGCCAAAUGGGACAGCAGUUAAUUUACUGGGAUCUUCCAAGAGCAGCAAUGUCAGAAGUUAUAUCAAAAAUAAUGGUCCUGAUUGCCCUUCCUCCCAUUCAUUUAAUUGGAGAACGACAAAUAAAUACCAACGUAGUGCCCAAAGUACUGAACAGUCUAAUGACUCUCAAAUUUCACAUGAUAAAGUAACUGAUCCUGAAAAACAGGCACCUACUCAUGGAAUGUUUGACAAAAACGGGAUAAAGGGAGGUUUGAAAAGUGUUUCCUUACUCACAUCAAAGUUAGUAAAGCCAUCCACUAUGUUUGUAUCAUCUACAGAGGAAUUAAACCAAAAGGCUUUAUCUGGGUCAUCUAAUUUGGGUAAAUUCACUAAAGGAACAUUACUAGGAAGGACUUCAUAUUCUUCAGUCAAUGCUCCAAAAUCACAAUUUAAUGGAUUUUAUGGAAAUCGGUCUGGUAAUAGUAUUCAGAGACCUAGAGCAAAUUCCUGUGCCACUAGAAGCAGUUCUGGAGAAAGCUUAGCACAAUCCCUAGAUAAUAUUAAAUCUAUUACUUGCGAAAAAAUGGUAAGGUCUCAGAGUUUUUCACAUUCCAUUCAGAAUUCAUUCCUUCCACCUUCAUCUAUAACCCGAUCACACUCCUUCAAUAGAGCGGUUGAUCUUACAAAGCCUUAUCAGAACCAACAGCCACCUAUUAGAGUGCCUCUGAGGUCAAGUAUGCUAACAAGAAACUCCAGGCAAUCAGAAGUCCUCAAUGGGAAUGAACAUUUAGGAUAUGGAUUUAAUAGACCUUUUGCUGCUGGUGGAAAGAAGUUGGCUUUAUCAAAUGGCCCAGGCAUAACUUCCACUUUGGGUUAUAGGAUGAUUCAUCCCUCUCUACUGAAAUCUAGCCGACCUCCAUUUUCUGGGAAUAUCACAGUGGACGGUAAUAGAAAUUCACAUGCUGGCACGUGUGUGGAGGAAGAUGCUGCGCUUAUGGUUAAGGAUGAAGCUACUGAAAAGGACCAAGAACUAAUUGAAAACGAUAGUUACAGAACAGAAAACGACCAGACCACAAAGAGUGAUACUAAAAUGAGAUACUUGAGUGACGAUGUAGAUGAUAUUUCAUUGUCUUCAUUGUCAUCUUCUGAUAAGAAUGAUUUAAGUGAAGAUUUUAGUGAUGAUUUUAUAGAUAUAGAAGACUCCAACAGAACUAGAAUUACACCAGAGGAAAUUUCUCUCAAAGAAGAAAAGCAUGAAAAUGUUCCAGCCAAGGAUAUAUGUGAUUCCCCCAAGGAAAAUGAAAAAUCCUUCACUAAAACUGAUGAGUGGAUAGAUAUAAGUGUCUCUGACAGGAGUGAAUGUCCAAAGCAUACUUCUGGGAAUAACUUGAUUUCACCUGAUACAGAUUACAGAGCUGGCUCUUCAUUUGAACUUUCUCCAUCCGAUAGCUCUGAUGGAACAUACAUGUGGGAUGAAGAGGGUUUGGAGCCCAUUGGAAAUGUCCACCCUGUAGGAAGCUAUGAGUCUUCCGAAAUGAACAGCAUAGAUAUUCUGAACAAUCUUGAAUCUUGUGACUUGGAAGAUGAUGACCUUAUGCUUGAUGUGGAUCUGCCUGAGGAUACACCUCUUGAAAAUGUGGAGUGUGACAAUAUGAACCGCUUUGACCGAUCAGACAGAAAUGUUCGACAGUCUCAGGAAGGAUUUUGGAAAAGACCACCCCAGAGGUGGAGUGGGCAGGAACAUUACCACCUCAGCCAUCCCGACCACUAUCAUCACCAUGGGAAAAGUGACCUGAGCCGAGGCUCUCCUUAUCGAGAUUCUCCUUUGGGUCAUUUUGAAAGCUUUGGAGGGAGUCCAUUUUUCCAGACUCAAAAGAUGUUUAUAGAUAUACCUGAAAAUACAGUGAUUCUGGAUGAGAUGACCCUUCGGCACAUGGUCCAGGAUUGCACUUCUGUAAAAACUCAGUUACUCAAACUGAAACGUCUGUUGCAUCAGCAUGAUGGAAGUGGUUCCUUGCAUGAUGUUCAACUCUCAUUACCAUCCAGUCCAGAACCAGACGAUAGUGAUCAAAUAAUUAAGAAUGAAGAUUUAUUAAAUGAAAUAAAACAACUUAAAGAAGAAAUAAAGAAAAAAGAUGAAAAGAUCCAACUGUUAGAACAUCAGCUCGCUACUCGGUGUAAAUGUCAUCAAAAUUCUCAAGAGGAAAAAUGCACAUAUGUCAAUAAAUAUACUCAAACACCCUGGAGAAGAAUUUCUCCUCAAGUACUACAGCCUUCCAGCAGCCUUCCCAGACCCACAGACCACGCCCAGGGAAAACUAAUAAAACCACAACAUACCGAGGUCCACAGUGAACAUAUGGUCCAGGGCACACAUUAUGCUGUUGCACAUCUGGACAGAAGCUUUACCCCCAGCUUGAAGCAAGAAAGCAAGCAGGGUCUGGAAGAACGUCCUUUCCCCACAAAUCCGCAGUUCACUAAGAAUGAGGCUAAGGGUGCAUCUUCUGAAGUAAACAUGAACAUGAACGUGGAUGCUCAAAAGCCUUAUCAUCCGGCAAGUAAUCAAAGUAGUGAUGAGCAGUUGGUACACACUUCUCUGCAGACACUUCCCCAGUCAAGUAUGGCAGACCAGGCUAAGAGAGUUGGAAGAAAUCACUCUUCACCAGAGGGCUACGCGCGCCAGCCCAAGUCCUCGCAGCAUUUUAAGCCAUCCACGUUGAACUCUUUGGUACCUACUCCAGUUUCUGAAUCAUCGCCAAGUAGAACUCCCACUUGUACAACGUCACCAAUGAUCACACCAUGUGAUUCAGCAAAACUUCAGCCAACAUCUAGUCAAAUAAGCCUUGCAAAUUCAAAAGUAUCUAAGCUCCGUCCCCCUUCUGGCUCUUUUAAACCAAAACAAAUGAGCUCCCCACGAGUUGAACCUCAAAAUUUCCAGGCCAAGACAAGCAUUCCAAGGCCACUCAUUAGAAGAAAAGAAAUCAUGCAGAAUCCAAAUGGCAGUUUGAAUUCUGGGGAUUCUUUGGCCUCUAAUCGUUAUUCUCGUCUUCCUAAACCAAAGAUACAUUAAGUACUUAGUCUUCACCUGCAAAUUUGCUUUGUACUUAAAAAAAAAAAUUCUGUUAUGUAAUAGCAUAUAAUUUGCUACUGUGAUGGAGGUUCCAUUGAAAGCUUGCAAAUCUUAAAAUUAAAAUAUGGAAACAUACUAGUUUGGCUCUUCCAUUUUAUAUCCUGGUUGAAAUAUAUAGCAUUUGUCUCAGGUAAACACAGAAGUUUGCUUACCUAUCUCAGAAGCAUAUAGAAGACUUCAAUCAUAUUAUCCAUCCCCUUCACAUCAGAAAACUUUCUAUAUUCUACUUAGCAGGCAAGAAAUGUGUGUUGCUAAUGCAGUCCUUUGAGGUCUGUUUUAACUGUGAUUCUCACCUUUUUUUUCACUUGUCACUCCUGUAAAUAUGGCUACUAUUUUAACAAAAGAUUUGGUGAUAAUGGAAGACGAUAGUUGGCAAUCAGAGUUCUGGCCAGUGAUUUGUAUAUUUAAAAGGUCUAUGCAAAGCUCUGUAAUAAAUAAAGGAGAUCAGGCUUUUAAUGAAGAGUCUAUAAAACUUUUAUAUAAUUUUUUCUGGGAUCAGGAAGCUAGUAGUCUCAAUGUUUAUCAGUCAGAUUGUCCACACUUCAAAUGUUUCAUGUAACAUAUAAACUUACAUUGCUUGGACAUCUUGUUUUAUAUACAUACACACCUGUCAUACCCCCCUUUUUUUAAAAAAUUGUUUUUGCUUUUGGAUACAUUUGGAAAGCUUGAGAUAAAGUUUGAAACCUAUACCUAAAGAGGUAUUUAUUUAUAAUAUAUGUCAGUGAAGGUUUUGCUAGUGAUUUAUUUUUGAGCUUAUGGAUCCAUGAUACCUAUUUUAAAGUUUCACUGCAUAUAUUUUAAAUUGUCUUUAUUGUAAUAUUUAUAUUUAUUGAAUUACUGCUAUUAUCCGAAGACUGGAAGGAAUAGAUUUGAAAUGUUUGCACAAACCUUUGAUGGGCUAUAAAUAACUCACACAGAUGAUUUUAAAGCUAUUUUCUAUAGUAAAGCAAGUGAAGAUAUUUUGAGAAUAAUCAUAAAUGUAUUUAAGACCUACUCUAGAGAAAGCAGAAUUCAUGAUAGUUUUAUUGGUGUUUUCUUUCCCCCCAAGUUUUCUAGGCUCCCCUUUUAUGUUUAUGUAAGUUUGAUAGUUUCAUGAACUAUCAAGAUUUGGGAAGAAAAGUACAGUUGGAGAGAAGAUACUGGAACUUAUAAAAAAAAGUAAUCAAGUGAUCGGAGAUAACUCUAGGGAAAUACGCUAAUUUAUUUUAAUGUGCUGUGAAAGUAGCUGUGGAACCUCCCAGGAACCAUAAUACUAAUCUAAUCAUGCUCAGGCCCACUCAUGAGCUAGGUCAGUAAAUUUCUCCUUUUCUCCAAAAUCAUGUCAGUUUUAGACUUAACCUUUAAUGCUUUAAAGUUAAUGCUUUAAUUAUAGUUCAUGUUUUUUCUGACAGCCUUUUAGAAAUUUAAUUUUUGUUUUGAUCAGCUGAGCAAAAAUGUGUUGAGGGAUUCUGGCCUACAACCGAGUCACUCAGAUUUCUGGAAAUUUUUCCCUUUCUUGGUGCCAGAGAUUGAACCUAGGGUCCCAUACGUGUGCUCUGCCACUAGACUACAUCUUUCGUUCAAGGAAUUCCUUUAAAACACAAACAUUUGUGAAACAUCUCUUCUCUCCGUUGUCUUUUGGGGGCCAUGACUGACUGUUCAGGGGCUGUUCCCAGCACAUUGGCCAGGUGUGACUCCCAGCAGUACUGGGGGACCACACAGUGCUCAGGAUCAAAUCAGGCCUCCUGCAUGCACUGCAUGUGCACUUAGCCCCUUUGAGCUAUCUGCCUGGCCCUGUCUCCACCUUUUUUUUUCUUUUCUUUUUUAAAAUUUUAUAUUUAUUAUUACUGGUGUUUUUUUUUGUUGUUGUUUGGGGGCCAUACCUGGCAGUGCUCUGGGCUUACUCCUGGCUCUGUAUUCAAGAAUCACUCCUGGUGGGUCAAGGAACUGUAUGUGGUACCCAGGGUCAAACCUGGGUCAGCUACAUGCAAAUCAGAAUGCCCUACCUGCUGUACCAUUGCUGCCGCCUCCUGUCUUCACCUUCUUAGAGCACUAAAGCUAGUGCUUUAAUGGAAAUUUAAGAAGAGAUGUUUGUUACCAUUUAGGCUUAAUGUUCCUUUAUCAGGAAAAGCAUUCCAGUGAAUUUAGCAUUCACUGGAUACACAACAUUCUUGAUAAGAGGUGAACAACACAAAUUCGACUAAUUUCAUUUCACAGCACUCUGUGGAGAAACACUAAAAUUCUGAAAGUUUUUUCCUAUCCUGGAUAUUGAUUAGUAUAAAGUACCCAGACAUGCAGAGUGCUCGUUUGUUCAUAAAAGUGCAUUGUGAUAAGAGCAGCCAUAAGUGAGUACACGUGGUCUUCCAUUGUGAAAGAGAAAGAAACUGAUUAUAUAUAAUGCAAAUUGAAUGUAUCACACUAUAUUUCCCUAAAGUAAAGCAGACCCAUGAGCUAUUAGUCUUUGGUUUAUUUAGAACAAGGGUAGACUCUCAAUUAUUUUUAUGGGAAACUCGAAAUUUUUUAAAAUUCUGUUAACUCCUACAAUUUUGCAUACUCUUUUGCAUAAUCUAUUGCAUAUUUUUUUCCUCCCUAGGAAUUUCCAGACAUACUAACCCAUGAAUUCUACAUCUCUGUAUCUAUUGUACCUUCAUCUUGGCCAAAAUCUCAUUACAUAAUGAUGCAGCAUUGAUAAUUAAAGAAGAAAACUAGAAUACAUGUGUAAAACAAGUGUUUUUCAACAGUUUUCUUUAUAAACCAUGAGAAUAUUAUGCUGCUCUGAUUCUUAAUGUUAAGUUCAGAAAUAAGAUGAGGAUGUAACUUACCUGAAUAAUCAUAGGUCAUUCUCUCAGAUUGGCUUGAUCUGUUUAUUGCUUCUGUAGGUUAACUCUGUGCCAUGUCCUCCACAGGAACUUUUCUUAGUUCUUGUGUUGUAGGUAAAGAUGGCCACAGUGUAUAAAUUCUGAGUCUUUAGGAAAAAGCUUUACAGGGGCAAGUUAAUUAUAUAUUUGGCUGUUAAUGGAUGCAUAUCACUUAACAUUUUUUUUAAAACAAGCUUGGCCAAGUAAAAUAGUACAAGUUCAGAUGAUUUUAAAACAUUAAAAUUCAAUAGAAGAUGGUAGAGUUACAUCAUUUAAACUAUUUCUAAUAACUAAGACCCUUUAAGCAGUCUCUUUGGGCAUAUCAUUUUAAUUUGUGUAAUAUUUUCAGGCUUAUAGGUUUUUUAUUGUAUUUAUAUAGGUAUUAGGGAUCUUACUAAGUAUUUUACCAAGUAAAAUUCUGAAUAUCAAAGAAAACUUUCAGAUUUGCACUUUAAAAUGAGCUUCAUUGCCUGGAGUUGUGCCUAAAAUAUCUAAACACCUCUUAUUGGGUGUGGCUUUCUUUGUUGACGUGAAUUUCUCUAUGAUUGCUGCUUUAUGAGGCACAACCUUUCACAGAAUCCGAGCCUUAGCAUGUCACUUCUCCCACUGAAGCACUGAGUUCUUUGAAUUUUCUUUUUCCCCUCGAAUAUUUUCACCCAGUCUGUCAGAGAACAUGAUCCACAUAGACCUGGCAGCAGAGGUGUGUUACCGACACGGUGGCACCUUCUUCAUCUCUGAGCAGAGUUGUGAUGACGGUUUCCUGGUCUGUAGGGCCUCAGAGUGUAAUUUGCUGUCACCAAAUAGGCUUAUAAAAAAGAAUAAUAGAGAGUGCAGCACAUUUCAUUUAUUCUCCAUCUUAUACAGUAGUUUUUGUGUUUAAAAAUUAGUUGGAGUCAUAAGUUUUGCAUGUUCAUACAUACACCUGAAAAUUAUAGUUAUAAUACAGAUGCCUGGUUUUCUUUGGGGAUGAUAGCCUUACUGUUUCUCUUAAUUCUGAUGCUUGAAUUGUAUUUUUUAAUUUCACUUGCAUAUCAUCUUUAAAUUUUUCUGCUGCAUCAAUUGAAAGAAUACCUUUGGAUAAAUUAUUACAGUGGGUACCAAUCAACAACUUACACUAUUAAAAAGAAUCCUUAAUUUAACCUGGUAAGGAAAAGCCAUCUGCUUUCUCCUUUGAUAAAAGUAUUGCCAUGAGCAAGUAAUCUGACCCUAUGAAUUUAAAGUCUGCCAUUACUAAGGAAAAACAAAACACAUUAUUUAAUAUUUACUAUAUUGUUUUUCCCAUUCAUUUAUAAAGCAGUUCAGAGUAAUAAUUGUAUAUUAGAAUUUGCUUGUAAAAUGGAUUAUAAAAAUUGGAUGUAAAGUCUUUCUUGAAAAUGUUGGCAUAGUCAAUAAAAAUAAAGUUCAUAAUGUAAAUCUU